GAUAAAGCUACUCAAAAGCUGCUGAUCGCGCAGUCGCAAUACACCGAUGUCGAAUCACAGUCAAUGGCAAAUAAAGAUACGCAUGUGUACGUGAGAACAUGUGAAUAUGAGAGAAACCCCAGGGGAGCGGGUAGCUUGUCGAUGAGAAUUGCUAAGGAGGACCGAAGAGACAAGAAGACGUCCGAGGUUGGAACGCGAGACGUCGGCGGAAGUGGUCAUUCGCGCAUCGGCAAUCUUUUUCGAAGAAGAAUUUCUUCAGGAAUCAAGAUUUUAUCAAAUCUGAUAAUCGAGGAAUUUGUAAUCUCUAUUUCGAAAAUUGAGAAGUCGGCGCAACAAAUGAGUCCUUUUAAAGAAAUUUUUGAAAGAUUGUGAAACGACAUGGGUCGUAUUUUACGUCGAAUAAACGACGCGAUGCAUAAUCCAAAUCUCAGAUAUUUGUUAUCCUUUUUCACGAUCGGAAAGAUUCUCAACGUCGCGCUGCUCGUUAUUGACAAGAUUAAUAUGGUGUCCGUGAAAAGAUUAGGAAUCGCCGGCUCCUGUACGUUCUCCAUCGGGCUUAUCAGCUAUAGUUUAGGAUUUCCUUCUAUACUGAAGUCGCAAGUUAAAUCUCAAGUUAGACUAAAGAAAGGAACCGAGAUGCGCGAUUUUUGGGAGAAACUUCCGCAGCCGCUAGAUUUUAAUAUUUAUGUCUUCAACGUAACGAAUCCCACUGAGAUUGCAUCGGGAUCUAAACCGAUUCUUCAAGAACUAGGACCCUUUCACUACGAUUUGUAUCGGGACAAGGAGAACGUUGUGGACCGAGAGGAAGAUGAUACCGUUGAAUACAGUUUGCGACAGGUUUGGUACUUCAAUGAGAAGAAGAGCGCCAUGUCGGAAAACACAGAGAUUUACAUGUUUCAACCCAUUAUGAUAGCGGUAGCCUUGCUUAUGCAAAAAGAGAAGCCAUCAGCAAUGGGAAUAAUAAGCAAAGCGUUCGACAGUAUUUUCAAGAAACCCGAGUCGAUAUUUAUCAAAACUACUGUGAAAGAAAUAUUCUUUCAAGGUGUACCUUUUGACUGCACGGGUAUAACGGAUUUCGGUGGAUCUGCAAUGUGCUCCGCGUUGCAGGAAAAAGAAGAGAUAUUAAUUCGAGAGGGGGACAGUCUACGUUUCAGAUAUGGUUUUCUCGCUAAGGCAAACGGAAGCCUUUUCCCGGAACGCGUAAGAGUAUACCGCGGAAUUAAGAAUAAUGAAGACGUGGGCCGUGUGGUGACUGUAGGAAAUCAUACCAAGAUGGAUAUGUGGUAUGGUAGUCCUUGCAACGACUUUCAGGGUACGGACGGAACUAUCUUCCCCCCGUUCCUUAAAAAAGAAAAAGAAGUCUGGGUACACUCCUUAGACAUUUGUCGAAGCAUCGGCGCUUACUACAUCGAACCAGGAAAGGUCCAAGGUUUUAAAACGCUACACUACACAGCGGAUCUGGGUGACCCAUCUGAGAAUGAUGAUGUAAAGUGCCUCUGUCUCGAGUCCGAAGGAUGCAUGCCUAAGAAUAUAUACGACGCAAGUCCCUGUAAAAACGUUCCUAUAAGGAUAAGUCUACCUCAUUUUUACAAUUCCGACCCACGGUACCUUGAGAUGAUCGAGGGUGUAAAUCCCGAUCCUGAGAAGCACCGCAUGACUUUCAACUUCGAGCCGAUGACAGGCACCCCAAUAAAAGCGUACAAAAAAAUUCAAUUUAACGUGUUAGUUGGACCCAUCCCCAAGCUACGAUUGAUGAAAUCCUUUCCGGAAGCGAUGUUCCCUCUAUUUUGGAUAGAGGAUGGACUCGAACUCGGGGAUGUUCUCAUAAAACCGCUGAAAGCUGCAUACACUCAGAUUUUAAUCGCAAAGAUAAUGAUGUCCAUGAUGAUCGCAGGUGGUGUGGGUAUGUUAGUUGCCGCUGCUGCGAAACAUUAUAAAGAGACUGAUGUAAACGCUGCAGUACCGGAUUUUGUGCCAGGAAAAGAACAGAACAAUGUGGUGCUGAAGAAGCCAGCCGUCAGUAUCAUAGAGGCUAAAGUAGAAGUGCUACCAACAGUUGAUUAACAGGGAGUAAUAAUUACUAUUAUGAUUAUUAUUAUGAUUACUUUUAUGAUAAUUUGCUUUUGAAUAUUUUGACUUUAUUCCUCAGUGUAUAAUGUUACAUAUACAUAUAAAAGCGAGAGCAGUAGUCAAUUGAACAUUUUUAUUGUAUGUUAUAAUACUAUUACGAGAAAUAUUGUUGUUGAGUGUUAUAUUAGAUAACAUACUGGAUAACAUUUACAUUUUAAUUCGAAUGUUAGCUAUUUCUCUAAUUGUAAGAUACGAUUAUAGUGACGACGUUUGUAAUAUGUGCGUCAACGAAUACAUGAAUAAUUAUUGACAUCAUCAUUAGCAAUUAUGAUUCUUUGUUGUGCGCAUUAUUAGACGUCGUUACCAUUAUUGAUCUAGAAGUAUUGUUAAGACAGUGAUUAAUACCAGUAUUAAACUGUUUUUUAUGUUAUUACCCAGGUAGCACAUGAUGGUUUUAUAUAUUGUACAUUUAUCAAUAUACAUAGUUUCAUAACUAUAAAAAAUCAGUAAGAAACGUUAUACUAGAAAACAGAAUAAAAUCGUAAUUUAUGAAAUAUAAUUUUUAUCUAUUAUAUUAUAAUUCUUAUAAUAUUAAAAAAAGGUUUCUAUAACAGUUUCAAAAAUGUACUUUUUUCCAGAAAAAGAAAACAUUUCAUCUAACGUUUUACAAAUAAACAUGUUAACUCGUAAGAAACGUUUCUGAACCGUGUAUGUGCUACAGGGAUAGCUUCUGUUUUAAUGUACAUAGAUUAACUGCACUUAUAAUACAAUUAUUAGGAUCCCGUUAUGUAUUUGUAUUUUUUAAUAACGCAAUAUGAUAUUCACCAAUAGUCUAUAUUUUAGAAAGCUAAAUAAAAAUAGGAAAUUUUAGUAAUCACAAUGAUUUUAAGAGAUAUGAUCAUUUUUUUCUUUCAAUAUUAAAUAAUCUAUAAUAAUCGUAAAGAUUAGAUUGAAAUUUCGACUGACAUUCUGUCUUAAAUUUUGUCAAUAUUUACUUCUUAGCAAAUUUAUUAAUAACACUUACAAGGGAACCUCGCGAAGUGAGAUAUUCAGAUUUUUAUGAAACUUGGCAUUAAAUGUAGAGAAAGUAAAUACAUGAAUUUAAGAAAUCUUCAGCUGCGGUUAAAAGACUGUUCGGACCAUGGAACAUAGGAUGAAACCAUCCCUUAAAAAUAAAGAGAUUUCGCCUUUGUUUAAUAUAUUUCGUAAACUAAAUAAAAUAUCAAAAAAUAUUUUAUACCAAAAUUUUAUACAAAUAUGUGUAUUUAACCAUUCUAUUCAUUUUUUUCAAAAAGAUUUUUUUCAAAAAUUGAACUUUUAUACAUCAAGUAUUUAUGAAGUUAUAAUACUGUAGAGUUUACGUAUUUUUAUUUUAAAUGUAUACUAAUAAGCUUCUAUAGUAAUUAAUGUAAUUAAUUAAUUUCUAAUAAAUUUUAUGGUGACUUACAA